CCGUCGGCAGCCACUCCCGGUCUGGGUCGCCGGGCUGGAGAGGGUCACGUGGUCCUUCUGGGGCCAGUCACGUGAAGCACGCAUCCUAGGGAGGAGGGGUUUGGCUGAGGGGUCCGAAGUGGCAGUAAAAAGAGGAAGAUGGCGGGGUGCAGGGGAUCCCCGUGCUGCUGCUGCCGGUGGUGCUGCUGUUGCGGCGAGCGCGAGACCCGCACCCCGGAGGAGCUGACCAUCCUUGGGGAGACACAGGAAGAGGAAGAUGAGAUCCUUCCAAGGAAAGACUAUGAGAGUCUGGACUACGACCGCUGUAUCAACGACCCUUACCUGGAGGUGCUGGAGACUAUGGAUAACAAGAAGGGGCGCAGGUACGAGGCGGUGAAGUGGAUGACGGUGUUCGCCAUUGGAGUCUGCACCGGUCUGGUGGGUCUCUUUGUAGACUUUUUUGUGCGACUCUUCACCCAGCUCAAGUUCGGAGUUGUCCAGACAUCCGUGGAAGAAUGUAGCCAGAAAGGCUGCCUCGCCCUGUCCCUCCUCGAACUCCUGGGUUUUAACUUGACCUUUGUCUUCUUGGCAAGCCUUCUUGUCCUGAUUGAGCCAGUGGCAGCAGGUUCGGGAAUACCUGAGAUCAAGUGCUACCUGAAUGGCGUGAAGGUGCCAGGAAUUGUCCGGCUCCGGACCCUGCUCUGCAAAGUCCUGGGAGUGCUGUUCAGUGUGGCUGGAGGGCUCUUUGUGGGGAAGGAGGGCCCCAUGAUCCACAGCGGAGCCGUGGUGGGAGCUGGCCUUCCUCAGUUUCAGAGCAUCUCCUUGCGGAAGAUCCAGUUUAACUUCCCUUAUUUCCGAAGCGACAGAGACAAGCGAGACUUCGUCUCAGCCGGGGCAGCCGCAGGGGUGGCUGCCGCUUUCGGGGCACCCAUUGGAGGCACCUUGUUUAGUCUGGAGGAGGGCUCGUCCUUCUGGAACCAAGGGCUCACGUGGAAAGUGCUCUUCUGCUCUAUGUCUGCCACCUUCACCCUGAACUUCUUCCGUUCUGGGGUUCAGUUUGGAAGUUGGGGCUCCUUCCAGCUCCCAGGAUUGCUGAGCUUUGGCGAGUUUAAGUGCUCUGACUCUGAUAAAAAAUGUCAUCUCUGGACAGCUAUGGAUUUGGGGUUCUUCGUCGUGAUGGGGGUCAUUGGGGGCCUCCUAGGAGCCACAUUCAACUGUCUGAACAAGAGGCUUGCAAAGUACCGGAUGCGAAACGUGCACCCGAAACCUAAGCUCGUCAGAGUCUUGGAGAGCCUCUUGGUGUCCCUGGUAACCACCGUGGUGGUGUUUGUGGCCUCAAUGGUAUUAGGAGAAUGCCGAGAGAUGUCCUCUGCGGGUCAAAUCGGCAACGGCUCCGUCCAGCUCCAGGUCACAUCAGAAGAUGUAAAUUCAAGUAUCAAGACGUUUUUUUGUCCCAAUGAUACGUACAAUGACAUGGCCACACUCUUCUUCAAUCCUCAGGAGUCAGCCAUUCUCCAGCUUUUCCACCAGGAUGGGACCUUCAGCCCCGUCACCCUGGCCUUGUUUUUCAUUCUCUAUUUCCUGCUUGCCUGUUGGACUUACGGCAUUUCUGUUCCAAGUGGUCUGUUUGUGCCCUCUCUGCUGUGUGGGGCAGCUUUUGGGCGCCUUGUUGCCAAUGUCCUGAAAAGCUACAUCGGACUGGGCCACAUCUACUCAGGGACCUUUGCCCUGAUUGGUGCAGCGGCCUUCUUGGGCGGCGUGGUCCGGAUGAGCAUCAGCCUGACGGUCAUCCUGAUCGAGUCGACCAACGAAAUCACCUAUGGGCUUCCCAUCAUGAUCACCCUGAUGGUAGCCAAAUGGACAGGGGACUUUUUCAAUAAGGGCAUCUAUGACAUCCAUGUGGGCCUGCGGGGCGUGCCACUCCUGGAGUGGGAGACCGAGGUGGAGAUGGACAAGCUGAGAGCUAGCGACAUCAUGGAGCCCAACCUGACAUACGUCUACCCGCACACUCGCAUCCAGUCUCUGGUCAGCAUCCUACGCACCACGGUCCACCACGCCUUCCCAGUGGUCACAGAGAACCGGGGCAAUGAGAGGGAGUUCAUGAAGGGCAACCAGCUCAUCAGCAACAACAUCAAGUUCAAGAAGUCCAGCAUCCUCACGCGCGCGGGCGAGCAGCGCAAGCGGAGCCAGUCCAUGAAGUCCUACCCGUCGAGUGAGCUGCGCAACAUGUGCGAGGAGCACGCGGCCCCCGAGGAGCCAGCCGAGAAGGAGGACCUGCUGCAGCAGAUGCUGGAGCGCAGAUACACCCCCUACCCCAACCUAUACCCUGACCAGUCCCCGAGCGAAGACUGGACCAUGGAGGAGCGCUUCCGCCCGCUGACCUUCCAUGGCCUCGUCCUGCGCUCACAGCUCGUCACCCUGCUCGUCCGGGGCGUGUGCUACUCGGAAAGCCAGUCGAGUGCCAGCCAGCCACGCCUUUCCUAUGCUGAGAUGGCCGAGGACUACCCACGGUACCCCGACAUCCAUGACCUGGACCUGACGCUGCUGAACCCUCGGAUGAUUGUGGAUGUCACCCCAUACAUGAACCCUUCCCCAUUCACCGUCUCUCCCAACACUCACGUUUCCCAAGUCUUCAACCUGUUCAGGACCAUGGGCCUCCGCCACCUGCCUGUAGUGAACGCAGUGGGAGAGAUCGUAGGGAUCAUUACCCGGCACAACCUGACAUACGAGUUUCUGCAGGCCCGGCUGCGGCAGCAUUACCAGACCCUCUGAGUCUGCGGCCCCCUCCCCAAGCCGCCUGGCAGGCGCAUGCUCACUCGAGAGCCCCACAGGUGGCUGGGCUGUUCCAGCCUGGAGGUUCCCAGGUACGCCCUUGCCCAGAAAGCCUGGAAUCAUCAAGCACUACGCUGGCCAGAGAUCCUGAAGAUGGGCCUGAACUGGAAGCUUGGGCUCUUCCAGCUUCUCCACAGGCCCCCGUUGCUCCCUGUGCUUCUGCAUCGGUGUCGGCACAGGCCUGCCCAACCCCCGUGAGCCAGGGUCAGGGGUGGAAGGCAGGCCGGGCCCUGCGUAUCUUUCCUGCCCUGCCGUUCCUCCUCUCCUGGAGUGCCCAGCUGCUGCCUUAUAUCCUGGAUGGCCUGGGCCCAGGUGAACAUUGCGGGGCUGUUUUCCAUGAAGUCCAUUGCUGAGUUUGGAAAUUGGGCUUGGAGAAAGCCCCUGUGAACAGGGAGGCCUCUCUUGGAACAACUCCUUUUCCUCCACUUCCUCCUCUUCCUCCUCCUCCUCUUCCUCCUCCUCCUCCUCCUCCACCUCCUCCUCCUCCUCUGUGGUCCUGGGGCUUGAGCCCAAGGCCUCCCACACACAGCCUCUUAGCAGCUUCUCUGAUCCAUAUGAAGGGCAGUGAUCCACCUCUUCCCACCCCCACAACCCCCUCGUCCCAAGCUUCCCCAUGGCCCAAGUCUCCCUGGAGCCACCAUCAGCCAGAAGCACAGAGCACGGAGAUCUGACUCUCAGUCUCCAGAUUCCAGUCCUAUCGAGAGUCACACCACCACCCCCCCUCACCAUUCACAAACAGCCGUGGUCUCCCCAACCCUCUCACUCCCAUGACUUCUGGGCUUUCUUAGUUCCCAGUUCCUCCGUGGUAGGGCAGCCACAGCUUAGCCUCGACCCUGCUCCCCAAGUUAACUGGAGCUGGGCACCCCAGACCAAACUGCGAGCACCAGGGAAGGGGCCGUUUUUACAGACCGGCAGCAGGCUGUCCUGAGCCAAAGGUAUGUGACAGGGUGGGUGGCCAUGGGAGGGAGGAAGGGAAGGGAAGGGAGGGAAGAAGGCCGCCCUUCUGGUCAGUAGCCUCGAGGGCCAGUGUGGAGCUUGAGGAGCGUGCAGCGUGCCGCGCCCUGGCACAGGCCAAGCCCAGCUCAGGCUGCUGGCCGCGCGUGGGCACUGCGUGGCGUCCGGUUAAGGUUGCUGUCACGCAUCUUCCUCCCCUUCCACAUGUGUGUCAGCGUGUCCCAUCCUCUCCCCUGUGGCAGCCACCCUCUGGGACUCACGGUAGCUUUUGUUUGAAUUUCAUGUUUGUUGUCGUUUUGUUUUUUGCCAGUCCUGGGGCC